UUGGUUGGUUGGUUGGUUGGUGGUUGGGUUUGAGCCUCGAUCGAGACAGUGAAUUUAUAUGUUUUGUUACUUAAUUUACAAUAUUACGUAAUGUACGUUUACUUUACUUUUUAUGAUCCGAUAAAAUAGCCUAAUCGUACACAAUAUUAACAUGUAUGUAUGCAAAUACCGCACCUAUGAGGACGUAGGCAUUCGCGUGUGAAUGUGUAUGUUAUCAACCAAUACACGGUUUAUCAGAGUUCAGUGUUGUUCAAGACGUCGCACGAAAAACAGAUAACCAUGUCUCUGGUAGCGCGCGCUUUCGAGUCGAGCAAGAUCGUGCCCGAUGUCAUCCCCACGGCACCCACGGCAAACAUCGGGUUGAAAUACCCGAGCGGCGUGGAAGCCGCACAAGGCAACGAGCUGGCCCCCACCCAGGUGAAGGACCAGCCCACAGUCACCUACGAGGCUGAUGCCGACGCCUUCUACACACUCGUCUUCACUGACCCCGACAACUACGACGGCCCAGAGCCCGUGUACCGCGAAUGGCACCACUGGCUAGUUGGAAACAUCCCCGGCAACAACGUUGCCGCCGGCGAGGUGCUUUCUGGAUACAUCGGCUCCGGCCCCCCGGAGGGCACUGGCAUUCAUCGCUACGUGUACAUCUUGUACAAGCAGCCUGGGAAGCUGACCUUCGAUGAGCCCCGACUGACCAACAAAUCAAUCGACGGCCGCGCCGCGUUCUCUACCAAGAAGUUCGCCGAGAAGUACAACCUGGGCGCGCCGGUCGCUGGCAACUUCUACCGCGCUCAGUUCGACGACUACGUCCCGCUGCUAUAUAAGAGCUUGGGAGUCUAGUUUAUUUAUCUUGCUACAUUAUUGCUAAUAAACCCACCUACCAUUAAA